CUAUUUAAGAAAAUCGCCCCGAUCCAGCCUUGUAUUCAGCCCUCGCAAUGAGAUGCGAAACGUUCGUUGCGAUCCUGGUCGCCCUAGGGGUGGUCCAGAGCUACCCCUACGACUACAAGUACCUGGAUCGAGACUAUGCCAGUCCAGGCGCCCACCAACUCGCCAGCUGGAUCGCCUCCCAGCUGCGCUCCAAGGACUACAUCCAGCCCCAGGAGGGCCCCAUCCUGCCCUACAGACUGCCGGUGCAAGGGAAGAGGAACUCGGAGGUUAGCAACGCGAUCAUCGGCUCCGAAGAGACGCAGAAGAUGUACCGAGACGGCCGGAAAUAAAUCGUCAAUAAUGCGACUGUGACAUGUAUUACGUCUAUUACCUACUCGUAUUUGUGGAAUGCUCGAAAGGAUAUUAAAUCAAUUGAUUCAACAA